CAUGCUGUCCAGCAGCCCCCUCCCGUCUCCAUUGAGCGCGCCGACUCCCCCCACGGAUCCGAACACUCGAGAUACUCUCAGCCCCCGAUGAGCGGCCAUCUCCAGGCUGCCCGACCUUACGGCUCUCCCACCUCCAUGCAUGCUUCCCUCCACAUGCCCGAGCCCAACAUGGGCCCCAGCGGCAUGGCAUUUCCGUCUAUGGCACCCGAACUGUAUGCGCCGCCUCAGCCCUUGAGAGCUCCCGAUGCUACCAGUCAGCCAGCCCCUAAAGCCUACGCAUGCAGCACUUGUGGCAAGGGCUUUGCUAGACGGAGUGAUCUCGCUCGUCAUGAACGAAUCCACACGGGAGUACGACCUCAUGUCUGCGAAUACCCCAACUGCGGCAAGCAGUUCAUUCAGCGGUCGGCCUUGACCGUUCACCAGCGUGUUCACACUGGAGAAAAGCCGCACAUGUGCGAGCGUUGCGGAAAGCCCUUCAGUGACUCUAGCUCUCUUGCGCGACACCGUCGGAUUCACUCCGGCAAGCGGCCGUACAAAUGCCCGUAUGCCGAUUGUCAGAAGACUUUCACUCGCCGAACGACUCUGACGCGUCACCAAAAUCACCACACCGGCACGGUUGAAGAUGCUGCUAGAGCCACUGCCGAAGUCUUGGCCAGGAACAGUGUCGCGCGAUCCGCGUCUGCUCGCCCCACCCGAUCUGAAGGUGACCAAAUCUCCAACCACGGUUCCCCCCUCUCGACGCCGUCUCCUGCCCAGAGGACCAUGUCAAUGUCGCCCAGCGCCGAGUUGGCCGCCGCCAACGGUAUGCAGCACCAGUACAAUGGCAACAGUUCCUUGCCGGCCCAUAUGCGCACCGACUUGCACUCGAGCAGUCCCGCCGCUACGACGUCGUCUGGGUUCAGCAGCAACGUUCGGCCGACCUCUCAUCCCAAUGCUUACGGUGCGGCGCCUCCACCCACAACGCUCGAGCCGAGCAUAGAGGGCAGCCAGGGCCCUGGAAGUGCUGUGGGCAGCCCCCACAUGAGCAGCGUCGGCUGGGCCUCUCCCUCGCACGUGGCAUCUCCUGCCCACAGCAACAGCGGCGGCAACAGCAGCUACGUCUAUCCGGACCCUGAUUCUUCCUAUCCAACAAACGCUGCCGCACAGGGACAGAUGUUCUACUCCGCUGCCAUGGGUCUGCAGAGACCUGGCAGUGCUGAGCCAGGUGCGCAGUCAGCUUACAAGCCACGGCAGAAUGAGCUCUGGGCGGCUUAGUAGGCCAUUUCAGAAUUCUCCUGACGAUGCACGCAGCCCGAUGCAGAGUGGAAGUUUAGGUUUCUGUGCUUAGGGGCUGCACGGAUGUAUCAUCAAUGCCAUUACUUUCAGGGCCCGUGCCACACACGCAAGCCAACUUUGCAAAGAUUCCGCCCCUGAUCCUGAUUCCGGAAAGCAAUAGCUUUGCUCGCGGCAAUUGCAUGGAUCAUCCAUCAUCCAGUGUUGUUAUAAUAUGGACCUCGCUACACAAUAAUGGAAUUGAACUACGCGGUGCAAGUUCCACAUAAUGAAUGAGGUUGGCCUCAAGGCUUUUUUUUUUCUUUCCUUUUUUCUUCUUUGGUUUUUGUCCCGCCAAUCACUCUGGUUUUCCUCACUCUUUUGAACUGGGCUAGGUUGGGCAAGGGGCAUCGGUUGGCGGGAGCACAGGAUCAUUGUGGAACUCAUCACUUCAUCUGAGUUCAUUCCUUGGACGAUGGCGCAAGCAGUCGCGUGGACAAGGUCACGGUGUUCAGGAGCAGGCCGGGCAGGGGUUCUCAUUCCAUUUUCUUGAUCUGCUAGAAACGGCGAAAAGUUAACCGUCUUACAUGUUGUUCUAUAUAAUGGAUAGGCACCCGGCGACUUUCGACGAUUAGACCAAAAAAUAAAAUGGCAAUUCGGAAGUACACAAG